AUGUACCACGGUCGGCUAGGGUUAGUCAGUGGUCGGUGUCUCGGAAUCGGGAUGCGUCACUCACAUAUACCUUCAACGAUUCGGAUCUACGAAGACGCUAUAAUAUACCUCUACGUAUAGCACCACUGUGAUAGUGUAAAAAAGCCCAUGAUUCAGUUUUCGUCAAACCAUCGUUGCAUUCGCGUCGAUAUAGUUUUAGUGUGCUGCAAAUCGUACCCGCACGAAAUGAAAUCCGUCAACACGGAUUCGUGAACCUUGACGAAAAUCCAUAUGUUAUUCCUAUGAAUAUGCAUAGGUGAGCCAAUAAGAUAUUUUAUCUGGUGUCGUUUAUGUCCUCUUGCGAAUUCGUUUUCUUCAGUUAACGGCAACAAUAUAGAUAUAAUAUACCUAUUAUAAAAUACCUAAUGAACGCGAUGGGCCGACGCUCGCUGGCGCUUUGCGAUUUUGGCAGCUGCCUUCUGUUCCCGCCGUAUUGACUUUGAUGGAGGUCCGCUGCAGACAACAUCCACGUCCGCUACUUUCUGCACGUGAUGUCCGACAUCAACCGCGAAACUAUAGCGCCCGAAGAUCGAAACGCUGCCACUGCUGUCGUCUUGCCAAACGAUCCUUUGGACUGGACUAACGAUCACAUAGCGGCAUGGUUGAAAUGGUGUGGCAAACAUUUAGAGUUGUGGCCAAUUCCGAAAUCAGACGACUUUCCUGAUACAGGUUACAAUCUUUGUUCAUUAGAUAGGGCAGAGUUUGACCGCCGAUCGCGUAACAGACGGUCCGGCCGAUUAUUAUUACUGCAUUUGUCAUUACUUCGACAGCCUGUCACUGGAACACCACCUAGUCCCAGUCUCACAACACCAGAAGACGAUCCGUACGAGGUGGUCAACGCGGCCAGCAGUCGGCUUGUAGCCCAAGCGGCCGCAGGCUCGGGACAAAUACAACUGUGGCAGUUCCUGUUGGAGUUGCUGGCCGAUUCCAACAACGUUGGAUGCAUUUGCUGGGACGGUCCUGGUGGUGAAUUCAAGCUGAUUGACCCAGAUGAGGUAGCCAGGCGUUGGGGUGAACGCAAGUCGAAGCCCAACAUGAACUACGAUAAGCUCAGCAGAGCUCUCAGGUACUACUACGACAAGAACAUCAUGACCAAAGUUCACGGCAAACGUUACGCGUACAAGUUCGACUUUCACGGGCUGAUGACCGCGUGCCACCAGAGUCAGCCACAGAUGCCAGCGGCGCAGUCCGGCCCCCAAGCGGCCGCUGGCCCAUCAUCAGUAACCAUGCCGUCCACCCCGUCACCUUCCGACUUUGCCGGUGGACUGUACGGCCAACAGCACGCUUCCGCUUCCGGCCCGCCGACUGCCAUAUUUCCGGCCGGUCCUUCCUACUGGGCCACAUCCGCAGCAGGCCUUUCUACGCUGUACCAACAUCCGGCCGGGCCACGGUAUCCUCCGUAAUCCAAAAUAUCAUAAUAUAUACUAGGGAUGGAUUCUCGCACUAUUUUCGAACCCUCGAACAUCCCGAACUUCGAUAAUUUCGUUCAGUUCGAAGUUCAUUAGACAUCAAUACUCGAAAGUUCGAAACAUUUCGAACAGUUCCAGAAAAAGCAAGUUCGAUAUUGAUUAUAUUAUAAAUAUAAUCAAUAUUUUACAAAAUAUAAAUAAUAGCCGUAGCCUUUAUAGAAUAUUAUUUUUAUUUCACGUAUUUCCCGUAGGUAUAUCCCUUUUCAGUUGUUACGAUUUCAUAAUCUUGUCGCUAUCUGAGUUCGAGGGUUCAAUAUGUUCGAAAAGUUCAACAAGUUUGAUCUCAAACAGUUUGAGAAGAAGAAAAGUUCGAACUCGUGAAAAUUGAAGUUCGACCCAUCCCUGUAAUAUACGAAAAUAUCUGUAUACCCGUGCGCUGCAGUUGUCUCACAAAUUUCUAGAUUAAUUAUUAUAUUGAGCGAACAUUGUCGUCGAAAUAAUUCCAUAAUAAGUAAUUAUUGUUCAGGACACUGAUUCUGAUAAUAUAUUUUGUGUUUUGUAAAAAGUAUCGAAAUUACGUGUUUUUUAACGAACACGCGAACACAAUGUAUAUAUAUUGUUAUUGAUA